AUGGAACCUGUUAUGCACAGCGUCUUUAUCAUUGUGGUAGUUGCGGAGUUUAUUUUGGGGAAUUUGAGCAAUGGUUUGAUAGUGCUGAAAAACUGCAUUGACUGGAUCAGCAAAAGAGAGCUUUCAACAGUUGACCAAAUACUAAUUAUGUUGGCAAUAUCCAGAAUUAGUCUCAUGUGGGAAAUACUACUUGCUUGGGUUAAAAAUCCAUCAAUUUCACCUACUACCGGAGAAGAAUUAAAAAUAAUUGUGUUCAGCACUGUAUUGUCUAGUCACUUCAGUCUCUGGCUGGCGACAUCCCUCGGCAUCUUUUAUCUACUCAGAAUAGCUAACUGCUCCUGGCAGAUCUUUCUCUACUUGAAAUGGAGACUUAAACAACUGAUUGUGGGGAUGCUGCUGGGAAGCUUGACCCUCUUGCUUGCAAAUCUAAUGCACAUGACCAUCAUUUUUGAGAAGUUGUAUCAAUACGGAGGAAACAAAAGCAUGAAUUUCCCAGAUAUAGAAUUGAAUCAACAUGGAGGAAAUUCAAGUAUGAAUUCUAUGGAAACUGAGUUUUCAGUGCUGCCAGAGCUGAUCUUAUACAGCAUGACUAUGUUUUCUGUAUUACCAUUUUCAUUGGCCUUUAUUUCUUUUCUUCUGCUAAUCUUCUCUCUGUGGAAACAUCUCCAGAAGAUGGAGUUCAAUUCCAGAGGUCAUGGAGACCCUAACUCCAAGGUCCACAUGAAAGCCUUGAUAGUUAUGGUCUCCUUCCUACUGUUCUACACCAUGUUCUUCCUGUCCCUCCUUACAGCGUGGGCCACUCAGAAGCAUCACAGGGAUCUGGUUCAAGUUAUUUGUACAAUAACUGGACUCAUGUAUCCUUCAGCUCACCCGUUUAUCCUGAUUUUUGGAAAUUCUAAAUUAAAGCAGACUUCUCUUUGGGUGCUGAGGUUUCUGGGAUGUAGGCUGAAAGGGCAGAAUAUACCAACUAUAUAUGUGUCAUCCAAACAAUAG